AGGGUAUCGUUAUGCCAAUGAUCAACACAUAUAUACUUCAAUCCCCCAGAGGACCACGGAAAAGCGAUCCCGGUCGCAAACACUACUCAAAGCGAUCGUGCAUCACCCCAAGCUAAAAGCGGAUGUGGGGAAAUACCCCGGACUCAUGAACGCGGAGUUCGACACGCCGUCUCCACCAAAAAAUCUCAUUCUUAGAUUUGCACAGCUAAGAACAUGGCAGAAAGGAGAUCCUUUGAUGAUAUGAACAAUGCUUCCGCAGAGAAUCGGCAUAACAACACGGCUUCACCACCCGCAGAACAAAGGAGCAAAGGCGUGGACUACCCUCGAAAACGCGUCUCCAUUGCAUGUGAAGUAUGCCGCUCACGGCGAACAAGGUGUGAUGCGAAGAAACCCACGUGCUCCUAUUGCAUUAAUAAUGGAAUCACCUGUAACUAUAGGAAGCCGAACCUUUGGGAUAGAGAGCCACUCAGCGCGACCAAAGACGUCCUCACUCGUCUCGAAGGUCGUCUAGAAAGCGUGGAAGGCUCCCUGCAGACUCUCCUGGCCAAUUUUGGCAGACUUCUCUCAAAGGCCGAGGAACAAGAUCACGCAGCAGCGUUUUCGCCUCCGGAAACGAUUGCAAGCUCUCAUACCGCUGCCUCUAUAGCUCGGAUCUCACAGCCUUCUGAGACUGGAAACCGCCAUGCGGGCAGUCAAUCGAAUGUGAAACCGACCUUGCCACCGCUAUCUCAAAUGACUCACCCCCGUCGGUCGAAUCCGUAUGGACAACAGCUCGACCAUCGGAUGCCCACGCUUCUCACUUUCAAUGGACCUACUUCUCUGGGAUCAUUUACUUACAAUGACACCGCUAAAUUCUUUGAAUCGCAGCUAUCGUUGGAAAACGGAACGCGUGAUCACGGGAGUCCUACAUUCGCGCGCUUAGACUCGCUUCACAUCUCCGCAAGACGGCAACGGACUCUUCAAUACAUCUUCGCUUCGGAUUACCUAUCAUGGAUGCCGCUGUUAGAUACGGAGACCUAUUCUUCAUAUGCAAGAUACGCAGAAGCGCAUAUAUUUCAGAACACAGACUCUAUGACGUGCAUCACGCUUUUCAGCUAUGCGAUAGCUUCAGUGCUCGAGAAGAAAGAUAUACUUUAUGAUGGAGAAUCUGAUGAGAAAGAAGAAGAGCAGUGGUUCAACCAUGCAACAUUCAUAUUGGAGCAACCACAAUGGUCACUAGAUGACUCUGGUAUCGAGCGUAUCAUAUGCCGGAUUCUACAGGCUGGUUAUAUGCUUUCAUCAAUGCGGCCGCUGCGAGCUUGGUCUUGUAUUUCUACAGCAUCACGAGACUGUAUGUUGCUUUUAAAGACUGCAUGGCGUAGUCGAGACGAGACCUUCCAGAACCAAGUCGCACGAGUGUACUGGGCUUGCUAUGUGCUGGAAAACGAGCUAGAGAUCUGCCUAGAGCUUCAGCCAACCGGGCUUCGAGCAUUCCAGGCGGAGGUUCCCCUGCCGUCUGGUGCCUCUUGCGUCACUGAUCUGGGACAAGGCAGUGGCCUGUAUUAUUUCCUGGCCAUAGCCACUCUCCGCCGGCUCCUGACUGAUGCCGUGGAGACCGUGGGAUUUGAGUCUGGAUCUGCCAUAUACGCCCCGCUCGUAGCACUCGAGUUGCGGUCGCAGCUCCAAUCGUGGUACAACCACCUGCCGCCUUCGCUCAAGUUCCCGAUCGACACAUCGAGAGUAUUCGAUCCACACAAAGCACAUCUACGCACCCAGUACUUCGGGCUUAUCGCUACAAUAUCAUGGCCUUUCCUCCUUCGGAUGCUGGAGACUAGUCACCACUCGGCAACCUCCCCCGGCUUUUCCCGCGGGCAUGCCGUGGACCCAGAGGUCGAAGCUCAAGCUAAAGAGUGCUUGAUGAUCUGCAUCUUACAUCUCCGUACUGUGGAAGGCACGCUUUUGCACAAGACUAUUGUUUCACAUACUACUUUACGCAGCACUUGCGCUGUGGCGAUGGUACUGCUUUUGGUAUAUCCAAGUUCGAUUUGCGGCACACUGCUGGAUGAGAUCCCGGCCGCUAUCUCCAUGGUCUACGAGGCGCUUACGGCAUGGGCGGAUAUCCCAUUCAUGGUUACGCCGCUAGAGCGGUUUAAGAAUCUGGCGAAGGCGAAAGGGAUUGAGCUGCUUGAGGCACACUGAUAGUUAGGCAAACGUGGAGCUACGAGAGACCCCCGAAGAAAGCCGGUUUCCAAAGAGACUAUCCGCAUGCUAGAGAAUGACAUACGAGGCAGAUAAGAGAAAGUAAUGUGGCUUCCACGCGGCACAUACGGUUGACCAAUCAAGCGACGCCAAGAAGUGAGAUGCAGGGCUUGGGUGAAAGCACCACCUACGCGUGGCACCUUGAAUCUCUAUACAUCUUGACAGCAAGGCUCCUCAGCUGAACCCAGAAGCCCGUAUACGUGUUUGCCACCAUAAUAUCAAGGGUUCUUUAUUACAAAUCGUGUCAAUCGUUCACAUCGGUGUUUCUGU